AUGCGAGCUGUGAUACAACGUGUCACGAAAGCUGCGGUGUCCAUUGAUGGCCAGUUGGAGUCAUCGAUUGAUCGAGGAAUAUGUGUUCUAUUGGCUAUCAGUGUUGAGGAUACCUCGGAUGAUAUACAGUAUAUGGUGCGGAAGUUGUUAGGUAUUCGAAUGUUUCCAAAUAUUGAGACAGGUAAACGAUGGGACAAGAGUGUUAAAGACCUUGGACUUGAGAUACUGUGUGUAAGUCAAUUCACAUUGUACGGUUUGUUGAAAGGCAAUAAAUUGGACUUUCAUCGAUCGAUGGCUCCCACAGAAUCACACCAAGUUUAUCAAAAUUUUAUAAGUGAGCUGAGGAAGGCAUAUGCACCUGAACGGAUAAAGGAUGGUCGUUUUGGUGCAAUGAUGAAUGUGCAGAUUGAAAACGAUGGUCCUGUCACUUUCAUUUUGGAUAGUAAAAUCAAAGAGUAA